UUUGCUCUCCGUUUGUAGGAACGGGGAAAGGUCGGCGUGAUCUUCAACGUGGGAACAGACGACAUCACCAUCGAGGAGAGCGCGGUGAUGGUGAGCGACGGCAAAUACCAUGUGGUGCGAUUCACACGCAGUGGCGGCAACGCCACGCUGCAGGUGGACAACCAGCCCGUCAUCGAACGUUUCCCCUCAGGGAACUUUGAUAAUGAGCGCCUGGCUCUUGCUAGACAAAGAAUCCCAUACCGACUUGGUCGGGUAGUUGAUGAGUGGCUACUCGAAAAAGGUCGCCAGCUGACCAUCUUCAACAGCCAGGCAUUCAUUAAAGUCGGUGGUGGAGAAAAGGGGCGCCACUUCCAGGGCCAGAUGUCAGGCCUGUACUACAACGGCCUGCAGGUGUUCAAACUGGCGGCCGAGGGCGACCCCAGCGUCCAGACCCAGGGCAACCUGAGGCUGGUGGGCGACGUGCCCUCGGUGCUCACUACCGAUACCACCUCCACCACCCCGCUGGCUGAUAUGUCCACCACCAUCAUGGAGACGACGACCACAAUGGCUACAACCACCACCCGCAAAGGGCGCUCGCCCACCAUGAGGGACAGCGUCACGCAGAACGCCGACGACCUCUUGGUAGCUUCAGCAGAGUGUCCGAGCGACGACGAGGAUUUGGAGGAGUGCGAGCCCGGAAAUGGAGGUGAAUUAGUGUUGCCCAUUAUAACGGUGGACUCCCUAGAUCCCCCCUCUAUUGCCACCCGCUACCCAGUAAUUCCCCCGCCCCCCACCACCUAUCGCCCUUUCCUCACCCUGCUUGAAACCACCAAAGAGUCCGUCCCCAUGCCCAACGGCCACCCCCCCUGCCCCUUGGACCAGGAGGACUGCGAGGAGACCAUAGAGGUUUCGGGUUCGGGGGAGAUGACAGAGACGGAUGACGAGGACUAUUAUAAAAACUCCCCUCUGGUCACUGAUAGAACUGUCCUCCCUCCUCCCCCGGCAGUCGAGGGCGGGGUCCAGAACCCCCGAGACCGCCACUUCUCUCGUAACCCCAACUCCCAUCGCCCACCGCUUUCCUCCACCCCCACCGCCAACCCCGACCAGCUAGGCCCCCGCGUCAAACCGGCCGCUGGCGGCAGCAGCAGCAGUAGCAACAAUAUCCCCGCUGGCAAAAUGAACACCCGGGAUCAAGUGCUGCUGCCGCCAGCCCACCCCUCGUCAGACCCGGGUCACCGCAGAAUCCCGGGAAUAACCUACCCCCCAAAUUUCCCCCAUGUUCCCACUCCAGAUCCCACGUCUCCCGAGAGAGGCCUCCCCGGCGCCGUGGAGGUGCAGCAGUCCAGCAGCACCACGGGGAUGGUGGUGGGCAUUGUAGCGGCGGCAGCGCUCUGCAUCCUUAUCCUGCUUUACGCCAUGUACAAGUACCGCAACCGAGACGAGGGCUCCUAUCAAGUGGACCAGAGCCGCAACUACAUCAGCAACUCGGCCACGCAGAGCAACGGCGCUCUGGUGAAGGAAAAACAGCCCGCCACUGCCAAGACGGUCACCAAGAACAAGAAGAACAAAGACAAGGAGUACUAUGUGUGAGGACGCGCCGCCAUCACACGCAAAGACAGACAGUAGGCGCACUAAGAGAAAGAAAGAGACGGGAGACGGAAAAAGACGGAGGGAAAGAGAGAAAGCAGCUUUGUGGUAACGGCAAUCACACACCGGCUGAUUUGGUUAAAAUUCAGUAUCGUAAAUUCAAACUACGGCAAAAAAGGAGCAGCAAAAACAACUUAGAGGCGUCAUUGUCCUUCUCACGCCUUCUUGUAUUUGUUAAAAUGUUAACUCUGGUGUCGAUUAUGACGGAAUCUGAUCCGUCCUUUUAAAUCUUCAUAGGUACAGUGCCAACAACCACAGAGACAAUGCUGAUAAAUCAGUAAUUCCUUGGUUUAGCAUUAUAAAGUCUUAAGUACUGUAAACAUGCACCAUCAAAAGUAUUGGCCUAUAAUUCAUUUUGAGUGGGUAAAACUUGAAAAGUAAUUUGCAAACACCAAAACAGAACACACAUUAGCAUUAUGCUAGCAUUCCUGGAACAAAAUUUACCGCCAUCUUACAGAAAUAUUUAAGUCGUAAUCCAUCUGGGAGUUAAGAAACACCUGUAGUUUCUCGCGUCUGAACGGGUCUCUCUCUCUUUUGCUCACUGGCUAGCGCUCUCUGUUUCUCUCCUUGUCUACGGUGCCUAGCAGCCGAUGCAAUGCGAACUCUGCCAUGUUUCAAGCAUGUAGUAUUCAUUUAUGAAAAAGAGAUAAACAGUUUUCCUUUCUGUGGAGUUUCAAAAAAAAAAAAAACGGGAAAAAAAUCACGAUGACUGACGAUCAUACCGUUAAACGUAGCAACUAUGUGAGAUACCAUCAAGCUCCAACCUAACGGAUGCUAACUUGUACGUUUAGCCGCCAAAAACUCGUGGCCAAACCCACUUGGCCUAUCUUUGUUCCAGCAGAUAUAUGUCGUGUGUUUCGGGACGCCACGGCGCCCCCGAGUGGGCCAACAAAGAAACUGUCAUGUUCUUACAGUUACUAAUCACAGAAAAAAACUCCAGCAAACCAGAUGAACUCUGUUCUAUAUAACUAUAAAUAUAUGUAUAGACGAUGCAGAAACUUAUGGACCUAAAGCGUGAGCAAGUCUAUAAGUAAGUUUGCUGACAGAGCACAAGGAAGAUGGACUUCAGGAUUUUUUUGACAACACCCAACUCCCUAAUCUUGACAACCCUAUCCCUCUCAUGAACAGUGUGGCUGAUGAAAUACCCUAUGGCAAGAUUCAGCUGCUAUCUUUUAUUUCCUCCCUCCUCAUUUCGGAAUAAAUGACAGACGUUUUAGGGUAAUUCCGAUUACAUUUUUGCGAGAGUUCCAAUGUGAACUGAUCUAUUACAGCAGAUUAAAGAGACCACUUUUUGUCCUUCUCUUGCCUGACUGGACUGAUGGCAGCCAAAGGGCAAAACUAACUUUGUGGGAGGAGUAUCCACAAGAAUGGCUAGUCCCCGGAAGAUGUACAACUGAACUUUAGUAUUCCAAUUUUCAACUCUAUAAAAAAAAAAGUAAACUGAACCAUGAAAAGAAAAUUCCUGAAACAAGUUUGUGAAAUGUCUAAAUAUUUGACACUCAUCCCAUUACUGAGACAGACAUGUGUUUUCCCUACUAUCAUUCCUGUUUGAGGAAAAAAAAAAGACCUGGGAUACUGAAAUUUCUUUGUAUUUUCUUUUGGUAACUGAGCAAAUGUCAUUUGGGUUAUAACAUAGCAUUCCUGAUUUCCAUGGGAAAAUAAGAUCCUCUUUUAUUCUGUUUCUGUCAUCGUUCAUCUUUUGUUUCCUUUCAUUUUUGUGUCCUGCAUCUAUUCCUUCUACAGCAGACUGUCCAUCUGUCAAUCUUUUUCUUUUUUCACUUGCCAGGUUCCAUCGAUUUUUCCUCGUCAUGUUCGUCUGGUUUUUCUCCUCCUCCUCCAUUUCAAACAUACUCCUCCCAGUAUCUACCUGUUCUUUCUAAAUGUUAUUGUAAAGUGUUCCAGUGAGAUGACUCUAAAUAUGUGUACAUUAACAGAGGGAAUACACUUGGUUAUAUACUUCUUA